AGUUUGCGGCAUGGACUUAUAUUAGUGCAGGAGGCGGGAUGUUAUGUUUCCGGAUUGCGGUUGGAAAAAAAAAAACACCGGGUACUGAGUGAUACAGAGGGACAUUACUUGAGGCCUGGAUUAUUCAUAUAAAUGCCAGUGACCAUGAAAUAAGUAUCCGAACAUUAUUUACAUCAUACCAUACCAUACACCGCGAUGUUAUCCUGAACAAAAAAUUAUACGUAUGUUGAAAGAUGGAGUCUAAUCAGCAGGUUGAUCUGGAGCCCAAUAAGGACGACCUUCCUUUGAGAGCUAACACAAAUCAUAUCCUGGUCAGACACUAUGUGCUGGACCUCAGUGUUGACUUUCAGACAGAGGUCAUUGGAGGAAGUAUUGUCCUGUUCUUAGAGCCCUGUAAAGGACCCAGCAGGACAGUGGAGUUAGACAUGGUAUCUCAAGUCCAGAAAGGUGAUCUAAAUACUCCAUAUGUUUAUGGUGAAAAUGCCAGAGGCUUUAGAAGUGCUGCUACACCUGAACCUGAAAUCCUAUCACAAGGAAGCCAAAAUGAUGCCAGGAACACAUCGUGGGAUGAUGUGAGUAAAGACUUCACCUUGAUUUUAGACUGUUGUGACCUGUCUGUGUCCAAAGUGGAAGAAGUGGAUGUGUGUACUGUUUCUGAACUCUGGAACCUUCUAGAAGUUGAUAAGGUGGCUCUGGACUCUACUCAGGAUUCCUCAUUUGGUUUAGUGCAGAGACUCAUGUCUAUUCCUUCAGCCAGAUGGAGACAGCAGCAGGAUCUGUAUCUCCAGUGUAGCUAUGCCCAGGCUGUCAAUCCAGCUGAGCCUUUGCUUUUUCACAUUGACAAGUGGAGCCUUCAAAUCAGGAAGAAGGGGGUUCAAUCCCCUCAUUCCUUCCCUCGUGCACUCAGGAUCUGGUACAAGACAAAGCCUUCAGGGGGCUCUGUAAGGUGGACCAAGGACCAGGAUGGCAGGUGUUGUGUUUACACCAUGGGCUCACCAAUCAAUAACAGGGCUCUCUUCCCAUGCCAAGAACCACCUGUUGCAAUGUCAACGUGGCGAGCCCAUGUAAAAGCCCCGUGUGAAUAUAUGGUUCUGAUGAGUGGUGAGAAUCAGCCUGUUCCUGUACCUGACAAGACAGGUUUUUUCCAGUGGGAUUAUUACGUUACUAUGCCAAUGCCUGCCUCGACUUUUACUAUAGCUGUUGGUAAGUGGCAGGAAGCCAAAUCAUUGCCUCACAACCAUGAAGAGGUGAAAAGUGAGGAGCCUUGUACAAAAUCAGACCGCAAAAACUUUGGUUCUCAGGCCAAUUUAGUGGAUAAUCAAAGUAGUAUAAACCAAAGCCCACAUUACAAGGAGGAAGAUGAGAAGGAGUUUUGCACCCAUUUAGAUUAUCCAUGUCGUUUCACGCACAGAGGUCCAAUCACCCAGGUGGUCAUACCCCACCGAGUUUUUGCACCAUCCUGUCACCUAAAGAAGGCUGAAUCCACACUACUGCCUCUUUUGCCUAUCUGUUUGGCUGCUGCUCACUCUGUAUUAGGCAUCCACCCAUUCUCACGCCUGGAUGUGCUCAUUGUUCCUCCAGGGUUCUCCAGUCUGGGCAUGGCCAGCCCGCAUAUAAUCUUCCUGUCACAGAGUGUGUUCGCGGGUAACAGAAUCCUGUGUGGGACAAGGCUGUGCCAUGAGAUUGCUCACUCCUGGUUUGGUUUGGCCAUCGGGGCGCGGGACUGGACAGAGGAGUGGAUCAGCGAAGGGUUUGCUACAUACCUAGAAGACGUGUUCUGGGCCCAAAUCCAGCAGUCGCAAAUAGGCAGCACUGAGAAUGAGGAGCAGAAGCAGCUGAAGGCUUUGCUGAGAUGGAGAAGACUGAAGGAUGAAUUGGAGAACUCCGAAGAGGAGCUGCAGGUCCUUAGACCCAAUAAGGACACUACAGGAGAGGUCGGUGAGUCUGGAGCCUCCAUCGUGAAGCAUGCCCUUAACCCAGGAAAACCAUUCAUGCAAGUGCACUACCUCAAAGGUUACUUUCUCCUGAUGUUCCUGGCUGGGAAAGUGGGCGAGGAUGAGUUCUUGAACUUCUUCAGACAUUUCACGAGAAGAUUUCAUGGGCAGCUUAUUCUUUCUCAGGACUUCCUGCAGAUGUUUCUGGAUACAUUCCCAUCUUUGAAAAGUCAAGGCCUCAGUCUUGAAUCUAUUUACUCAGACUGGCUGGAUACACCUGGAAUACCGAAGUGGCUUGGAGAAGCCAGCUCGACGUGGUCACUCUCUCCACCAGUCGCACAAGUCUCCGAGGAGGUUGUAAAAUGGAUGCACAUCAGUGGUGGCACCCGAAAGGGCACCAAGCGGAAGAGAGCAGGGCCCAAGGUGAACUUCAAAGAGUUGAAUCCGUGGCAGUUGGUCCUGCUGUUGGAAUUCCUUCUGGAAGAGACAGAGCUGAGGGUGUCCUGUCUUAACCUGCUGCAAGCGACAUACAAACUGCGCAGCCAGGAUGCUGAGGUGAAACAUCGCUGGUGUGAGCUGGUGGUCAAGCAUAAAUAUGCAGCUGCGUAUAGAGAUGUUGAACACUUCCUCAUUCAUGACCAGGCCAUGGGUGUAUAUCUGUUUGGUGAGCUGAUGCUGCAGGAAGACGGACGUCAGCAAGCUUUAGCAAGACACUGCUUGUCAGCCAUCAAAGAUGAUAUGGACCUAUCAGCACGCAAGAUUGUGGAAGAAAUGAUUCUCUAAUUCAGGAAAAGAGAGGGACCCGAUGCAGAUGCUCUCCUUCAAGCUCAGGUCUCCGGGUGUGAAAUCAGCUCAGGGAAAUCCACAGCAGCGCACAGGCACUCGACACCACAGCUAAUCACCACCUUUUCUUGCAAGGAGAUACAGGACAACUGAGAAAAUGUUUUGUUUUUUAAGGCACCUAAGUGGAUCACUGUAGAACUUUUACAUUAGUGCUAACAACUGGAAGAAUGUCACUAGACUACAGCAGGUACAGAAACAAACACAAGGUAAAUGUGUUACAAACAUGGAAAGAUGACUCAUUUUCAUGCAAAACAUGUUAGCUCAGCAUUGAUAUUCUAGUUAUGACUAUUUGGAAACACUUAAAGGUCAGCUUUUGGUAUUUAAUUCUGCCUUGUCACUGGAUAUGUAAUGCUACUGCUACACAUGCUGUAUGCUACUAUACUAUAUGAUCUAUUGUUUUUAUUUUUAUAAUGUUUACAUUGUUUGAAGGAUUUGGGAAAUAAAAUGAGAGAUGUUAUACAAUGUUUUGUGACGUUAACCUAAUAUUUAUAUAAGGAGGUAUACUGGCCAUGUGGAAUAACGGUGUACUAUGUAAGCUUUAGUGCAGUAGAACACAAUAUGUUUGAUUUUGUAUACCUAAUAGUGGUUUUGAAAGAGAGAAAUAUCAGAACAGAGCAUAUCCUCUUCCUGUAUUCUUUUGCUAACAGGCACAGGUCAGCAGGAAAGACUACCAAUGAUUGAAGCCUUUGGAUUUAAGCACAUCUUUGUGAGGAGGAAAUAAAAUAUCACUGCUCUUUCAUAUAUGCAUACAAAUAUGCAGUACAUACAGUCCUAAUUUAUAUAUUUUCAGCUAAAUUGCUGUUGGGGGUUACAGAGUAUACACCACAUGAUCUUCAUCUAGUUGGGCUUUUCAUUUCUGAUCAGAUUUUUCCCAAUAUUAAAGCUCUAGUAUUAGCUGACAGCAAAUACUGACCUCACUACUGCCAUGCAUUUAGUAACCUAGCCUGUACUUGGUUAGCUUCUGGUUUUACGUCACACAAGCAAAUAAAUAAAAACAGUAGCAACAUUACUUAAGACAAGGUGUGCCCAGUAAACAUCUCCAAAUUCAGUGAUGUAUUAUAUUAUCAAUAUCAUGUGGACAGACAUGUCAUUAGAUUGAAUUUCUGUUUUCUCACUGCAGAGAUACAGCACUGUAAUGUCACCUGAGCUCAACAGCAAAAAUAAAGCUUAUCUACAUGGCAGAAGCAUGACAUGAAUAUAUAUAUUUUUUUAAAGAUCAUGAUAAUUUUAUAACCUCUCUACAUAUUUUCCUGAACUGAGGCCCUUUUUCUUAACUGAUUUCCUUACAUGUCUGUUCCUUUUAUUUGGGCUAAUAUGUCAUCACACAUCCCUGGCUUUCAAAAUAAAACUAGCAGCUGGGGUCAGCGUAUAAAUGUCACUUUCAACAACCCAGGCUUUCUGUGUGGAACUGUGACAUGUCAGAAAUCCUUGUACUAAUAAACAGCUUACCGCAUGUCAGCGUUUGGGCA